UAAGGUGGAUGAGUCAAGACUAACCAAAAAUAAGAGUUCUGUUGUUUGACCAGCAGCAUCGGUGUAAACAGACAGAGGUGGAAGUGGCCCUUCCGCGGCAGCAAACCCGCACAUCUGCUUUGGGGGCGAGUUGCUUUUUUUUUUUUACCCAAAGGAUGUGAGCAGGAGUGGCGCUCGGGGGGCUUUAAAUAGGAACUCUCUCCAAACUUUGCGACAACAGAGCAUCUGAAAACUUCCAGGAGCUCGAAGUUUGAACCAGAAUGGACGUCAACAGGCGAAUGGGGAUGAGAGACACCGUGCUGGCGCUCUUUCUCGCUGUCUUGCAGGGAUUUCCUCUCGGGGAUACGGUCCCAAACCCAUCACCUCUGGCUGGAUCCAACUGGGGGAACCCAAGGAGAUACGUCCACCUGCAGACAUCCACAGACCUCAAUAACUUCUACUUGGAGAUCAGAUUAGAUGGGAGUGUGCGCAAAACUACGUCCAGGAGCACCUAUAGUGUGAUUCUACUGAAAUCUGAAGCAAGAGAUCGCGUCGCCAUCCUCGGCGUCAAAAGCAGCCGUUACCUAUGCAUGGACCUGGAGGGCAACCCGUUCAGCUCUCCUGUCUGCCUUCGGGAUGACUGUCUGUUCAACCACAAGCUCCUGGAGAACAACCGGGACGUGUACUACUCCAGCCGGACAGGCAUCUUGUUCAACCUGGAGGGCUCCCGACAGGUGUACUCGGUGGGCCAGAACCUGCCGCAGACCUCCCUCUUCUUGCCCAGGAAAAACACCGUACCACUGGAGCGCCUCCUGCUGCACAGGGAGAAGAGAAACCGGGGGCAGACAGAAGAGGGUUCGGACUCCCGGGCCGUGCCGGAGGAGCUGGAGGAAAGGGAGGUGGAAAUGGAGACGGAAAUAGAAACAGAGGUCGGGGACGACGGACGCAACUUGUCCCGGGAGAAACUCGCGGCUCCAUCCAGCCACGACCCCUGGAACGUGCACUUCUCCAACCCGGCCAGCCCCCGGAGCACCGGGACAGUGGGCUGAGAAAGACCACGGUAGCCUUCAAUUAGUCUACGUGAGUCUAUAGUUUAAAAUUUUAGUUUAGAUCAUACAAGAGAGAAAAUAUUAACAUGAGACUUCGUGGAAAAAUGAAAGCAGAACAAUAAGGUUGUUCCCUCUUUUUCACACUGACUUAAAAACCUUUUUAGUCACGAAUCAUUCAGCAAGGCAGUGUGUUUAUACACUGAAUGUACAAACUUGACUUGCAACUCUUUUUGCACAAUUUAUAUUGUCUUUAAACUCACCUGCGCC